AAUUUUUCCCCUGUUUACAGUUUCAGACAUGGAUCAUGUACUGAAUUUUAUGGAUUAUUACAUCUUUACUCCAUUGGUUUACCCCGUUUCCUGGCCAGAAAGUGAUACCCAGCGACAAAUUCUCAGUCUAUGGAUGAUUACAAUUUUUGGAGCAGAACUACUUUACCUGGGAUUUGGUGCUCUUAAUUUUUACUGUGUUUUUAACCAUGAACUCAUGAAACAUCCACAAUUUAUUAAGAAUCAAGUACAAAAAGAGAUUAAGCUUGGACUGGUGUCUAUAUUCUGGAUGAGUUUUCCUACAGUGGGUCUCUUCUAUUGGGAGAUUAAAGGAUACAGCAAACUUUAUGACAACAUAAGUGAAACCUCUCAAGGCUUGUCUGAUGUGUUGAUGAGCAUAGCUGGAUUUCUGCUCUUUACUGACAUGUGCAUUUAUUGGAUCCAUCGCUCUAUGCAUAACAAGAACAUUUACAAGCAUUUACAUAAACAGCACCACACAUUUAAAAUUCCUACACCUUUUGCGAGCCAUGCUUUCCACCCCCUGGAUGGCUUCCUGCAGAGUUUGCCUUAUCAUGUUUAUCCAUUCAUCUUUCCACUCCAUAAGGGGGUCUAUUUGUCACUAUUUGUCUUUGUCAACAUCUGGACCAUUUCAAUACACGAUGGGGACUACCGAAUUCCUGGACAACUAAUCCACCUAAUCAACGGAGCUGCUCAUCAUGUAGACCACCAUCUGUAUUUCAACUAUAACUACGGACAAUACUUAACACUGUGGGACCGUCUAGGAGGCUCCUACCGUUACCCAUCAGCCCUUUUAGGGAAAGGACCACAUGAUGACGUUCAAAAGCUUGAGUGA